GCCUCGCCCGCGACGUCGCCUUUUUUUCUUCCACCUAACCCGACCUAUUUCUUACCGUACCGAUCCAGUCUACCGCAUUACUGACCUAUUGCUGCACUCCGCUCAUAGCCGCACUGCUUGUUCCUUUGGCGGCCGGGUAUACGAGACGCCGUACUUGCGCCUUCGUCGGGGAGUCGGAGGGUAUACGCGGGAGAGCAAGCACAGCAUCGCAUACCGCAGAAAACGUCAUCAUGUUCAGUCGGCAGCUGGGACGCGCGGGACGCCGCCUGGCGCGACAGACAUACACGACGCCGCGGUGCCAACAGGGGCCUUGGACAAGUCGCGUCGCGAUGGCGCCGGGGCGCGGGCUCCAGCGACGGGCGUACUCGGCGUCCGGAGAGGCGGCAUCGACUGGGCAGUCGAGCGGAGCCGGAGGGCUGUUCCGCAAGGCGGCGACGUAUGCGGCCGUGGGCGCGGCGUUCAGCGCCAUCGGGGCGGCGGCGGCGUGGAAGACGCUGACGGCGCACGGGCUCGGAUUCUACUCGGACGAGGAGAGCCUGCUGCGGUUCAACGCGAGCGAGGUGGACGACGAGGCGCGGCGCAUCGAGGAGACGAUCAACAAGCACCCGCUGGUGGCGGAGCUGCGGUCGCGGCCGGGCUUCACCGAGUCGCGGCCGCACAUGAAGAUGCCGGCGCAGUACAGCGGGCGCAGCCUCACGGGCGGGGCGCUCAUCGGGCCGGGCAAGAUCCCGGUGCCGGCGUUCUGCUGGACCGAGGCCGGGGGCAAGUCGUUCGUGUCGGUGGUGUACGUGGGCGACAACCUGUGCGGGCACCCGGGCAUCAUCCACGGGGGCCUGCUGGCGACGAUGCUGGACGAGGGCCUGGCGUGGUGCUGCUUCGGGGCGCUGCCGCACAACAUUGGCGUGACGGCCUUUCUCAACAUCAACUACCGCAAGCCGGCGCCGGCGGGCAGCUUCCUGGUGCUGCGCGCCGAGACGACAAAGGUGGAGGGCCGCAAGGCGUGGGUCAAGGGCCACAUUGAGCUGCUGGCCGAGCCGGGCGAGACGCCGACGGUGCUGACCGAGGCGGAGGCGCUCUACGUGUCGCCCAAGUACGCUGCUAUGAUGCCACGCAUUCACUGACCGACGACGCCCUUUGGACGUGGGCCACUCACUAUACGAAGUUAGACUCUUGGACGACUACACUUACAACUACAACUACAACUACAACUAUGACUACGACAGGGAUAGCGACAACGUCCAACGACUUGCAUAUAGACUUGGCUUUCCCGCGGCCUCUUGAGGCUGGCGUGAGCUAUAGACUAGACGGUUGUGGUGAGCGGCGGGCGGCGGCAGUCGGGGGCCCCGGCGGGGACGGUGGUGGUGGGGGGAAAGCCGCGCCACCGGAGGGGAGACGCGGGAUCGAUUAGCAAGCAUUGGAUGGAUGGAAAGCCCUUUUGCACCAGACUCGGAGGGGCGGGCACGAUUGAAGCAUUGCAUGCGGUUGUUCUUCUUCUUCUUUUUGCAAUCAAGGUACUUCGUACAUAGCAUCGCUGUAAAAGAGUGCAGUAGAGUUAGGACCCCAUUUCCAACUGCCCAGCGAGGUCGGACCAUGUUACAGGCUUUGGUGG